ACGUCAAGCGGUAGAAGCUCCUCUACACGACGAUAGUAGAUUGUGGUGCUCAGUUUUUAAAUAAUUCCCCAGCUAGAAGGUCGUGUGCGGGUGUUCGAGCGCUACUGGGGAGGGUUUUUUUCCCUUUUCUGAUCCGUUCUUCCCGGAGAUCCCACUGCGGAUCUAUUAUCUUAAUUCGCGAUAGUUGAGUUCUGCAUGUACCCAGCACAUCCGCAUCGUCGUCGUCGCUGUCGCCGGAAAUAGAACCGUCCAUCCUCCGUGUGAAGAUUAUCAUUACGAGUGCGGGAACUAGUGAAGAUAACUUUGUCCUAUUUGUGCCUUACCUAUCUACAAUAUUUGCUACCGGAGCUGGAGCAUCUUCGCGUGGUUGUUGUAGCACGUGGAUUGCUUCCUCUAUUGUAACACCACCCACCUUUCGGAAGGAUAAAUAAACGAUAGCGGCAGUGCUGAUAGUGUAUAGCGACGAAAGAAAGGAGAUGCCUUGAGUAAAUGGUAUAAACGGAUACAGUUUUGUUGAUCCAUCCCGAUAUUUCGCUUUCGGUUGUAGAGAGAAGGAAGAGUAAAAAAAAAAGUGCUCCAGCGUUUAUCGGCAUGGUGUGCUUUUUAAGGAUCGCUUGAAGUGGAUUGAAUUUUUUCUUUCGCCGAAUGAGUAAUUAAGUGCGUAACAAAUGAACAGUCGUGACGAUUCGACAUCAUCGAAUGAAAAUGCUAGUGAAGACGAGAAUUCAGACGGAGAAGAUUCUCAUCGAAAAAAUGGACAUGGACAUAAAAGUUUGUGCGCGACCAAAAUAGCAGUGCAAGCAAAUCGAGACGUCUCGUGAAGAGUCGAUUGUAAAGUAUUGUGGGGAAUGUGAUCGACAGUUGAGAACUGGGAUGGUGAUAGAGAAAAAAAGAGAUCUUUCCCCGUUGUGUAUAUGUGUUUAAAGAUCCCAAAAUAAGCAAACAUUUGUUCUGUUUUUGUCACUGUUGCUCGUUAUCCAAGUGAGAUUUUUUUCCUUGCUGUCCUCGGACGGGGACAGAGUUGAUGUAAUUAUAAUUAAAAUCCGAGAAUAAAACAAGGCUGCGAAAAUGUUCUUCUCGUCGACGACCGCCGACGUGAAGAAAACAAAUUGGUUCUCAUCACUUCGAAGGCAACCGAAGCCUAAAAAACCGGCGCUGGUCGCCGAAAAAUUGCAGCAAAAAAGCUGCGUUGACUUAACCUCAAGUGGUUUGUUCCCUGGAGAUCCCACCAGUUUGCCACCGGAUGUGGGCAAUGGUAGUCUACUGCAGUCUCAAGAUCCUGUGAGUGUUCCAGCUCAGGAGCGGUUCAUCUGCACCUGCGAGUGGGUUCGAGUGUCUCCUUCGCCUUCAACGUUGUCUUCCGAUUCGCCCGAAUCAAACUCCAAUACUAGUCAUACCUCAUCGACAACCGCCACGAUCACCACUACAGUGUCCCGAAGUCUGUUAGAGAACAAAUAUCAUCCAUCACUAGCAAGUGCCUCCUCGGAAGACAAUCUUAUCAGUGAUAGUGCCAGUGACCUCAAGGAAAUUGCCCUGUCCGCCGUCAAUAGUUCUAGCAGCCUGCGGAGAAGACCCAAACGGAAGGAACAACUCUAUACCUCGACUACGGUAACUACCGUGACAAAAACAACGGUUGUGAACCGACAGAAAACCUACCGGGUGGGACUGAUUUUUAGUGAAAAUGGUGAAGUCCUCAACAGCAACCUAGAUCUACGACAAUUGCUAGAGGACAGCCAACACGCUCAAUUGAUUAGCGCCAGCAGUAGUAGUGAUAGUGGAACCUCACUGACCACCAAAGAAGAUCAAAUCCUCAAAGAGAGCACAAACACCAAACCUUCCAACUCCACGCGACAAUUUAGCAUACUGGAUGAUAGCAAUUUCGACUUCAUCGACGAAAGUGGGGAUCUGUUUAAUCGUAACUACUCUCACGCGGGCGGUGGGAACAUUCCAAUUAAACCGGGCAGCACAUCACCCAAAGUACUCAGGAAAUGCAACAAUUGCAAAAACAAAUCUAAUCUAGUCUACAGACGUAGUGUCAGCUCACCAAAUCACAAGAAGCAAAUUAACGAUGAACUGAACGAGGUGGAGUCGGAGAUGCGAGCCCACGAGAACAAGGAGGAGAACAAACAUUCCAACAAGGACAAACAGAUGGCCUUCGGGCGGAAAAAGUUCAACAUGGACCCGAAGAAAGGCAUAGAAUUUCUAUAUGAAAACCAGCUUCUAAAAAUGGACCCACAGGAUGUGGCACAGUUUCUGUACAAAGGAGAAGGACUCAACAAAACUGCAAUCGGUGACUAUCUGGGUGAGAAGAACGACUUUAACGAGCAGGUGCUGAAGGCUUUCGUCGAUUUGCACGAUUUCACCAACCUGAUACUGGUGCAGGCCUUGAGGCAAUUCCUGUGGUCGUUUCGGCUGCCCGGGGAGGCGCAGAAGAUCGAUCGGAUGAUGGAGUGCUUUGCCCAGCGCUACUGCCAACUAAAUCCGGAUAUCUUUACCAAUACGGACACGUGCUACGUGUUGAGCUUUGCCAUCAUCAUGCUGAACACGUCGUUGCAUAAUCCAUCGGUGAAAGAAAAACCAACUGUUGAGCAAUUUAUCUCAAUGAAUAGAGGCAUCAACAAUGGGGGAGAUUUACCGAGAGAAUUACUGGAGUCCCUGUAUGAAUCUAUCCGAACAGAGCCCUUCAAGAUACCACAGGACGAUGGUAACGACCUGAUGCAUACGUUCUUCAAUCCGGACAAGGAAGGCUGGCUCUGGAAGCAAGGUGGACGGUACAAAUCGUGGAAGCGAAGAUGGUUCAUUCUGAAUGACAACUGUUUGUACUACUUUGAGUACACAACCGAUAAGGAACCGAGGGGAAUUAUUCCACUCGAAAACAUCGCGGUACGAGAAGUCCAGGACCGCAGCAAGCAGUUCUGCUUCGAGCUGCACGCCAGCGGCGGAGCCGACAUCAUCAAGGCCUGCAAAACGGAUUCCGAAGGCAAGGUGGUCGAAGGCAAACACACCGUGUACCGGAUGUCCGCUGCCAGUGAAGAAGAGCAGCAGGAGUGGAUCAAGUGUCUCAAUCAGUCCAUCAGCCACAACCCAUUUCACGACAUCCUGGUCCAGCGGAAAAAGAAGGCCCUCGCGAAAAGUUAGUUAGCGUUGUCGUGUUUGAAAAAUUAAUUCCGCUACAAGUUAGUUUUUCAAAACUCUCACCGAUUUCGAAUGACGGAUGAUCGCGCCUCUAACGCUAUGUUAUAAUAACUACUAUUGCUAUUACUCAUGUAACCAUUUAUGCAAACUUCCAGAAAACUAAUCCACCAUGUUUCUGUUUUUCUGUGCGCGCUCUGUUUUCUUUAUAGAAUAGUCCGAUCGCUAGUGAGAGUUGUGAGGGUUGCACUGCUUGUGGAUGAAUCUCAGAAAAAAAACUAAAAUUCGUAUGUUUACUGUCUACAAAGCAAAACCAAUUGAUUUGAAUCAAAAGCAAAAAGUGCGAGCGUGCGUGUAAUUGCAACCGAACUGUGUUUGUGUUUUCUCGACACUAAACAGUGCAUAACAAUGUCCUCAUUCAUCCAUUCAUUCGAGUGUUUGACGAUAAACGGUAAAUUGCUAGGCUGACUUUCGUCGGAAGAAAAUCAAAAUACUAAAAAAUCAAGAAAAACAACAUUUUUCAUCCUUAUAUCAUUAAAAAAGAAAAAAAACUUUGAUCAUUAUCGAUUAGCGUUAAUGUUCUCUAUGUAAAAAGAUCAACAACAUUGUACACAGUUCAUUCGUUUAUAUUUUGUUAACUUAUAAAAAACAAUCGUCUCAAAAUGCGUUUUGCGUUCAAAUAGGGAAUCACAUUAAUAGUAUCCUCAUCUGAGUUACGAUAUAAGUCUCAGCAAAAGGGACGUUAUUGUUGAAGAAGCUUUUGAUAAGGGGAUGCGUUGUUCUUACCCAACUGAUUCAGAUGAACUGUUUUAGAAUGCAAACCGAAUUCAAAUUUGCACGUGAACCCCGACCAAUAUUCAACCAUACAGAUCCGCAACCGGAAUAAUCCCGAUGGGUGGCUUUCUUGCCCCGACGGGCGUUAUAAUUGGAAAUACUAAUUAACCGGGUUUUGUGUAACGUAUUAAUACCCCGGAUUCGUAUUGCAAUUUGUUUGCUUUUGCAAUUCGGCAUGUUCAUAUUGGCUGAAGGUGAAGGGCUGCACCGCGAUGUGUGGUGUAUUUUUUUUUCUUUGUUUGUUUCGAUACAUUGCCAUUGUGAUAUUUUUUCUUCUGGGAGGCUGCUGCAGCUGACCGUCCCUGGAGAAAGGGAAAGAGCAGAAGGUGGGGUUCAUAAUUGAUUUUUAUCAUGUCAGUUGCAGUAACCAGCCCAACAUUCAGACGAAAUUUAAUUUGCAUUUUGCUUGAUGAACCGGGUGUGCUUCCACACCGGAGAAAUCGAUUAUUUAUUUUCCGGUUGCGUAGUAAUUUCUAGACAGAGUUCGGAGAAGGUCUGAAGUAGGAAAUUUGAACAUUUUUUUAUUUCCCUAAAUUUUUCUUGCUUUGACAGCCUAUCAAAAAAAAUCAAACGAAAAACUUUAACGCUGCAUCUUUUAACCAUAUUUGAUUUCAUUGGACAUUAUUAAAAUCCAAAGAUGAUUUGUUGCUUUGUUGAAAAAAUUGGAACAAUAAUUUGUUGUUUGUUUAAAUUUUUAAGAAGGCAAAAAUAAAUGAUGUUGGUUUUUAAACGAAAAAGUAGCACGUUUGACAACUUCAACAAAAAGUUACAUGUUCAAGUUUCUUCAGAACAUUUUCAUCAACAUUUUAUGCCACACAUAAAUAUCGAAUCAGUUGAACAAAACCAUCUACCUUCAAUUUGAAAGCUCAACAAUAACACCGAUACCUUUGCGUGUUUUUGUGCACCGUUAGUUUAACAGUUUUUAAAAUUUACUAUUUAAGAGACCACGACGCCGCCAGAGCUGUGAUAUUAUGAUAUAGGUUUAAUGAAUGUUUGAACAUUUGCUGCCAUCAACGUCACCCGCAAUCGGGCUCCAAUUCGUCGUUAUUGUUCAUAAGAUAAAUUUCGACGAUUGAUCCCGAUCACGCGGUGCUUGAUUCCAGUGAAAUAGCAAGUUCAUUGAUUUGUAUUGUAAUGGGAUGUGAGCGAUGAGUGAAUGUGCACAGAGUGAUGAUGAAUCAAUAUCCUCUAGGAAAAGUUGUUCGAUCAAAAGGGUUAUUCAAAAAAAGAAAAGGUUUUAAAAGUUUAAGUAGGUCAAAAGUUUAGUUAACGGUUUUAAAUUGUUUUAUUCUUUUGUAACGAAAUGAAGGUAUAUUAAGCAAGAAAUCUACCGCAAUGAUCAUAUUUGCUAAGGAAAAACUUUUCAAUGUCUCACUGUACAUGUCAUUUUUGUAGAUGUUUCAAGUAAUAUGAUACAAUAUAUCGAAUAUGCCUCCCAACAAUAAGACAGAAGAGCGAGAUGAGAGCAGAAAACAUAUUACACAUUAACCGAAUCGAAACCAAAUGUUGCUUCCGACUGCUGAACAGAAAUUAAUUGUCAAUAACAAAAACUGUAACAAGACAUCAAUAAAAUGAUAAAUAUAUAAAACGUAGAAUAACGCGUGGCUAAGGACAUCAAAUUACUCAAGCAUAAAUCAAACCGAAGAAGGAAAUAAGUGUGAUCGUAAUGAAAGGUUCCGUUUUUUUUUGAAAAUUUAAAAUGAAGUCAUAUUUUGUGACAAUGGAGACGCGAAGUUCUUUUCCUUUAUUAUUAAGAUAGUGUUGUUGGUAAAAUCUUUCAACUUUAAGUUGUUAACGUUUUACAAUCGCAGUGCCAGUGCAUCUAUUCGCAUGUCUUAGUGUUGUUUUAGAGAAAAUGCUUGGAAUGCCUGGUGUUGGAAAGUCGACUGAAAUGGAAUAGGUAAUAGAAGGAAGAAAGUUCUUAAAAGUGGCAACGAAACUGUCAGGAGUUAGAUGCAUAUUUGCGAUCAUAUCAUUCGAUUGUUUUAGACCAACAAAAUUGUUAUUAAAGCUUCCGUUUUUAGUUCCACAGUUCGGAAUUUAUAGAGUUUCACAUAUUUUCAGAAUGACAAAUUUUCAUGGACACACUAAAUACGGAACAAGAAUAGCUUGUUCGAAAUGUUUUACAACAAAUGUCCAUCGUUCGAUUUACCAAAUGGUUAAGGUCCAUAGAAAACAUAAAAGUUUUGCCUUAAUUGCUUUUAGGUUUGAGACUUGGUUAUUCAAAGUUACAAAAAAUAGGAAAAGAGAAAUUUUGGUCCAGCAUAAAAAGCUCUCUCGAUAUAAAAAAAAACAAUAGAAGCGCUGAGAAAAAACUUUGAGAGAACAAGUCAUCAUAAAUCACGCAAUCCAAAAGCAUUUAAAAAAAAAACGAGAAAAAAUCGGAGUGAAACAACUUUAGUUUUUUUAUUAUUUUAGAUCAAUUAUACUCGAGCAAGGCAAAGUGUUAGGGAAUGCGGAAACAACCAGUAAAAAAACCCAUCUAGCUAGAAUGUACAUUAUAUAUCGAUAUUCAUAACUAGUGAAACAUGAUAAAAAGGAAAUAGAUGAUAAAAACAUUUUUUACCAAAACAAAA